UUCCUCUGCUGUUGAACAAUACAAUGAUGGUCGACGCCUCUGUUAACUUCUCCAUCCUACUGCUCCUCUGCUGUUGAACAAUACAAUGAUGGUCGACGCCUCUGUUAACUUCUCCAUCCUACUGCUCCUCUGCUGUUGAACAAUACAAUGAUGGUCGACGCCUCUGUUAACUUCUCCAUCCUACUGCUCCUCUGCUGUUGAACAAUACAAUGAUGGUCGACGCCUCUGUUAACUUCUCCAUCCUACUGCUCCUGUUGCCAGUCGUUUUGAACAGCAGCAGAAUCUCCCAGACGCCUGAGGCAGUAAUAGUGAGGCCGAAAAGAAGCAGUAGUCUCAGCUGUAGCCACAACACCUCAAACGUGUUCUACAUGUACUGGUACAGACGACCAGCACAGAGCAGAGCCCUCACACUAGUUGGCUACCUGUACUCAGGCACAGCCAACCUAGAGACAGACUUUACCAACGAUCGCUUCAGUCUCCAAGGAAACGCAGGUAGUCGUGGAGACCUGCAGAUAUCCAAUCCUACCACAGAGGACUCUGGGGAGUAUUUCUGUGCGACCAGAGAAGCACACUGCUCUAGAUCCUCCUCCUUCCUUUACAAAAACCCCUCUCUCUGGGUCUAUUCACAUUAUGUUAAGGAACGAAGUGUGAUACAGACAGUGGAGGUCAUCCAGUGGCCCAGUUCCAUCUGUAGCCAACCCAACACCUCCAUGGACAUGCACUGUUCUCAGGACGCAGGCUAUGACUACAUGUACUGGUACAGGCACCUCCAGGGAGAGGGCCCUAAACUAAUGGGCUCGCUCAUAGGUGAAUCGGCAAGCUAUGAGGCAGAGUUUAAAUCUGGCUUCAGAGUCUGGAGAACAGAAAACUCAGAGGGAUUGAGCUCAGUAAGGCAGUGGUCUCUGACAGUACAGAUGGUGCAGGGAAAGGACCAGGCAGUGUAUCUGUGUGCUGCCAGUCCACACGCGAAGGAGGUCCACUGUAGCCACAAUGACAAUAACCUGGUGGUGAUGCUGGGGUACCAACAGAAACAGGCCAGUCCUACUAUGACUCUGAUAGCCUUCUUUGGCAAAGGAACCAAACUCACUGUUUUAGAGCCAGACAUCCCUGUCACUCCACCCACAGUCAAAGUCCUUCCACCCUCCACUAAGGAGUGUGAAGAUAGGAACAAGAAGAAGAAGAAGACGUUGGUGUGUGUGGCCACCGACUUCUACCCCGACCACGUCACUGUGUUCUGGAAGUUAAAUGGAGGCGCCAACAUCACCGAUGGAGUGGGGACCGACAACACUGCCUUGAGGGAUGAAAACAGACGCUACAGUAUCACCAGCAGACUGAGAGUCCCAGCCAAGACAUGGAACACGGCCUCUAACAGAUUCACCUGCACCGUCCGCUUCUUCAAUGGGACCGAUGACAUAUAUGUUGCAGAUCACAUUGACGGAGAAGAAGGUGGUGAUGGAGGGAUGACGACAGAGUACUACGUGAAGAGCACCCAGACUGCCAAGCUGGCCUACAGCUUCUUCAUCGCUAAGAGUACCUUCUACGGCCUGGUCGUCAUGGCUCUGAUUUGGAAGUUUCAGCGAUCCUCAGAUAAACAGAUGUAAUUGAUCCCUGACCGAGACCCGGCCACCUGUGGAAGCUGAGCUCGGUGGACUGGAGGGAGUCAUGUUUGGCAUAAGGCUCUGGUGAAAAGUAGUGCACUAUAAAGUAGUGCACUAUAAAGGGAAUAGGAUGCCAUUUGGGACGAAGAACAAACCUAUUUCUGUCUUGUGAUUACAAUGUAGUGUGCUGUCUAUUAUCUGUCACUUACUAUACAAUGCGAGGAUGUAUUUUAUCGUCCCCAAUAAACCAAAUCUUUAUUCAUGUAUUCACUGAGUGUACAAAACAUUAAGAACACCUUCCUCAUCCUCCCCCUUGAAUUCAUCAGGACAUGGACUCUACAAGGUGUUGACAGCGUUCCACAGGGAUGCUGGCCCAUGUUGACUACAAUGC